AUGCAUCCGGGGAAGGAUUUCGUGGGGCACUUGGUGGAGUGGGGAGAAUGGGCCGGCAUUUACCCGGCCAGAAACCUCAGCGUUUUGCUUGCCGACUUCUCAGACGAAGCCCUUGUUGGCGUGGAGUUGCAGGUGGAUGGCGCUGCAGAUAUGGUCCCUUUCGAUUCCGAGCACCCAAACAUGUAUCCCUUGGCAACUGCUCUGGUCACCUUUGCAACCAGCUGGACCGCAGGUGUGGAAGGAGACCGAGGCACGGCGGAGGAGCUGGUUCCGGACCAGCCCCCAGCUUUGGGCAGACGAGCGAAGGGGCCUCCAGUGGAGCCAAAGAGGUUGGCCGCGCAGCAGUUGGACAUCAUGCAGGCCCUGCAAGCUUUGUCGACUCAGGUGCAGAGUCUCGCAAGUGCAGGCAAAGCCGUGGUGGCCCCGACUCCCGAGCCGCCUCAGGUGCUUCAGACAAGAGCGGUCCCACUGCCUCAGCCGGGUUUGGCCAUGCCUGUUUCAGCAGCGAUUGCAGCGAGCCCCGCAAGGCCAAAGAAAGUGUCAGCCCUGCUUGGGGCACCUCCCCGAACGAAGGCCCCUCUCGCCGAUCUGGAUGGGCUCCCGAUGGACGACGGACACUGGUGGACCAAUCGCAGCUUAACUGCACUGGUGGCUCAGAUGGCCAGCUCAUCGGAUCCUCUCUCCGAUCUUGGUGGAGGAAGCUCGUCCCUGUCGACCAAGGGUUCGGCGGCCAGAUUGAAGUUGCAAAAGGAGCUUGCGGCUCGCAAUGGGUCUUUCUACGAGAAAGUACAGGAGGCUGCGUUGAGGAGAAUGGACCCCGCCUCCGGCCCUCUCCAGGUUGGCGAGGACGCGAUUGGAAGGUCGGUGAUGUGCAGGUACCUCGAACGAUACGGUGGCUUCCGAGACCACCGUACCUGGGGCCUGGUGCAGUGGCAGUUGGCCCAAAUCUUCGAUUUGCUGGGUACAGACCAGGUCGCCGGGGCAAAGGAUGCUUUAGCCAUGCUGAUGGUGAUGGUGGACCAGAUGGUCCUAGACUCUGGUUCUCCAGAGCUUGGUUGGAUAUUAACACUCCAACCGGAUCCACCAAGCCAGCUGUUCUCCGCCCCGUCAAACGUGGCAGGCUCCAGCCUGCGCCCGUGCAGCCACUUAUCGGAUCCGAGGUGGGUGGCUACUGCGCUCUCCUAUGUAAAGGAAAUCGCGGCGGGCAGAAGUGACAAAGAAGCCCAGCGGGGCACCGCCCCCGGAUGUGCCACCGAAAGCGCUGGGGACCCUGUCUCGCAAACAACAAAGGGCAAAACUCUGGGCGGAAAGGAAGGCGGCGGCUCAGCCGAAGAGCUGAAUCGGAGCCUUCCCAAGGAUGCGGAGCCUGCAGAUGAGUGGCCUUGUAUUGGCCCCGCCGGAGUGCCUGAUGAUGCUGGCUUUGGGCUCGCCUCCGAGCCUCCGUCUCCCACCUUUGAUGAGGCUACAUCAAAGGCUGGAUCCGAAGGCAGGCGAGUGCUCCUUGAGAGAGUACUUCACAUUGUGGUGAUGCUGAGGACCAUGUUGAGAGCGUGCAGUGAGCGAGGGUCUCAUUCCCUCGCAGCGGGCCGACGAGGGCCCCAUCUCAUCGCAAGGCUGAGGGAGCUCGAUUUGCAUUUGUCGGGCUUGGGACUCUCUGCCUUUCCUUACCCUAGGGAGAAUUUUGCUUCGGGUUUUGUUCCUCAUGGGGCAGACGGCCCCGAAGCACUCAGGCCCUAUCGGGACGCAGACCCAAAGAGACUGAAGAUAAGUGGACGAGGCGAGUGGCCUCUCGAGCGCUACCUGGGGCCUGAGCUUCUGCUCCCCUUUCUGGAGCCCCGUGUGCUGAGGUCUAUCCCGCCAAACUCGCUGCCCUACCCUGAUGCAAGCAGUGAGGACCCCGUGAGGAUGCGUGAUCUUUUCAGAGUUUGGGACGCCAGAGGUCUGCUGUACAUCUCGACUAAUGAGAAGGCUCCGCGAGAGCUGACUCGGGUGUUCGGGGCUUACAAGUCCGACGCCGCCGACCGCCAGAUCGGCGACCGACGAGGGGCCAACGGCUGCGAGGGCCGAGUUCAUGGACCUUCAAAACUGUUGCCGCCCGGGCAGAUGCUCACGUGCAUCACUACCAAGCCAGGUACGAAGAUCAUCGGGGCUAGUACUGAUCGGGCUGAUUUUUACCAUCAGGCAAAGGUAUCUUGCUCAAAGGCCGAGGGAAACGCUGCCGGUCCUAGGCUUCGCUUGGAGGAUUUCGAGGGCACUGAGACUCUGCGUGCUGCUAGAGCGCUUGUUCGAUCCGAACUCGCGCGACCACGACCCUCACGGCCCCUGGCGUCCGUCUCAGAAGAAGCCCGCUUGGUUUCCCCGGCUGUGCUGCCCCGCCAUCUUUUCGACCCAGAGACUCCAGCCUGCGGCUGUUUUCGAUCAGUCUACCAAGGCGACCAUGUUGGAGUAGAAUACGGGACGGAGGCGCACGGGAACCUUCUUGAGGAAGGAGGGUUGCUCCUCCCACCUACUCGUCUGCUGGCAAAAAGGGCGCCGUCUCGGCUUGGCACCUGGGAGGGUCUGAUUAUAGACGAUUACUACUGCCUCUCCUCAGAGCCUGCAUCUGCUGAUCCAGCCUCCUCCGAGGCCGCCCGCCGUGUCAGAGCAGCCCACGUGAUCUAUGAGAGGGAUCAAGUUCAGGGCUCCCCCGAUAAGGAUAUCCUUGGGGCUGACUUUAUAGUGUGCGCGGGGGCCCAGGUUGAUUCUUCAGAUAAGGUUGUUGAGGCCGGUUGCUGCUUCGUUUCGGCCGCAACUCCGAAGCUUCUCGCCCUUUCGGUGAUCAGCUUGAAGACUGCAGCGAUGCCUGCCAUCUCCGAGGAGCUUGCCUCAAAUCUCGCUGGGAAGGUUGCCCAGGAACUCGUCGUCCUGGCUUCGCUUGCCCCUGUCCUUCUCAGCAAUGUUGCUGCUCCUUUCUGUGACAGGGUAUUCUGUUCUGAUGCCUCGAUGAACCGUGGAGCGACGUGCUCUACCAAAGUGCCGGAGGAGGUUGCAGCCUCGCUCUGGCUAGCAGCCGAAAAGAAGGGAUGCUACACAAUGCUCGACGGCGGAGCAACACACUGCAUUCCCCCCGAUUCCGACCACGAGGACGGAGAGCUUGAAGUUGCAGCCAAAAGGCCCCUCGCCUUUGACUUCGAUGUUCUCCUCAUCUUCGAGGGAGCUGCCGGAUUAGCUGUUGCCGCAGCUGAUAAGGGUCUUAGUCCCGUCACUGAAGGGGCCAGCCUGAUCUUCAAACGCAGCGUUGCCCUUUUCAAAGCGGCAGUGAGGGCCUCCGUUCCGGCAGUGUUCUUGUAUAAGAAAGGGGCGGGAGUGCUGACCACCGCCCCAGCACGGAAUCUCCUGGCGGUCGACAAGGUCCUGAUCAUUCCACCUGCGAUCGGGGCUCAAGGUAGCCUGGGCCAGCCUGGCUUAGCUUUCUGCCCGACUGAGUUUCCGAAGCUUUUCUGGGCUAGCCGCUCUGUGCCUCAGGCCGCUGCCUCUGGGUUGGUUAGCCUUCUGCAGUCUGCCGCCUCUGCCAACGCCAAUGACCGCCCUCUCAGCCCAGGGUUGGAGAACAUAGCAGUCAAUGAGGUCCUUCUCAUAGGUGAUUGGCAAAUUGAUUCGCAAUGGGCAUGGAAGCGGCAACGGCACAUCAAUUGCCUGGAGACAGAGGCUGCGGUGACAAAGCUUAGGGACAUCGCUAGGGAGGGCCGGGAUUCCAGACCGGUCCUGAUCCUUGACUCCUCGUGCGCUAGAGGAGCGCUGGCCAAAGGACGUUCGUCCGCUAAGCUGCUAAGGCCAAGCCUUCGGAGGGCUGCCGCCAUUAGUGUCGCCGGGGGAAUCUUCCCAGCUUACCUCUAUGGCCCCACGAGGUUGAACAUUUCCGAUGAUCCCACUCGAGACGUGCCGCUGCGCGAGCCGCACCCCGAAUCUGUCCUUCGGGAACUGAGUGAAGCCGCGACGGUUGAACUGUGCACGCUCUCAGGUGCCAACAAGUCGCGCGCCAGAUGGGUCCGGCUUUGUCUCCUGCUCAUGCCCGUUGGCUCCCCACGUGAAAGGCUCAUAAAGAGCAUCUGCAGCGAUGACUGGAGAGGAUGCCCCGGGGCACCUCCAGCUAGCCUUUUCAUGCCUGCUGGAUCGGCAUUGCAUCCAGCCGAAGCUUUCGCAUCGUGGGCCCUGCAAGGAGGAAAGACCGGUGUGUUCACCAUUGGAGAGCUCUUCGACCUCCUCCCCUGUGAAGGCAGAGACCGCUUCGGCGAUAACGAUGACUCUAAGCACUGGACCACCGGAGCCUAUGCCCAAGGUGGGGCCGUGUGUGAGACCAUCCGCGGGAAGCAACUUACAGGAGAGCUCUACGACGUUGCAAGAACCCCGCUGACGUUGCUCGUGCGGCAAAGCGGUCUCCUCUUGGACUUCCCGCUGGAAGAGUCGUGCUCCCUAGAACUGGUUGCCGGUUUCAGCUUGGAUGCUCUACUUUCUGCGAAGCCGCUCGAUGCAGAGGCUGUCAGCGACUGGGUUGUCCGGUAUGGCCGUGAUCUGUAUGGUUCAGGACGGCCCUACUGGCAUUAUUCCGAGACAAUCAACGCGGUGACGUCUCUGAAGCCGGUUUUGAGAAGACAGGUCCAAGCUGCAUGGGAUUUGGGUUUGGCUUGGCUCAUUGAGGAACCGACAUCCCAUCACACGGCUAUCCCGGCUGUCAUCUUGAUAGCUAUCCUUUCCGCGAGCCUGGCUUGGGGCUGGACCCGGGAGGCUGGCUGCUUCGCUCUUGCUUUCGGUGGUUUGCUGCGAAUCGGCGAGGUUAUUCAGUGUAAACGUUCGUCACUGGUGCUGCCUAGUGACGUUUGUGACACGCAGAAAUAUAUUUUGGUGCGUAUCGAGGAGCCCAAGACGAGACAUAAAGGACCUCGCCAUCAGGCUGCUAAGGUUGAGGCCGCAGAUCUUGUCAGCGUUAUCGAACUUUCUUUCGAACAUCUUCAACGAGGGGAGCUUUUGUGGGCCCUUUCUCCACAAACUCUGCGAAAGCGCCUGGAUUCGAUUCUCAAAAGGAUCGGGGCAUCUCCGGCCCCACAUGGCGUCCGAGAACUAGAUUUGGGUUCUUUCAGAGCUGGAGGAGCCACUUACAUCCUGCAGCAAACCGAAGAUUCCGAAUUGGUUCGACGUCGAGGCAGGUGGGCCUCGGCCAAGGUCAUGGAAGUUUAUCUUCAGGAGAUCUCAGCGAACACUUUUCUGCCGUCGCUGCCACGGCCGCAGAAGGACAAGCUCAUGCAGAUCGCUGGAGGUUUUACCGAUAUUCUCAGGCAGGCGUGGGCCUGGAAGAAGCAAGGCAUUCAGAGCAACGUUUGGUACAAUCUGUGGCCAGGAGGCUAG